AUGGAUCGAUUGACUUCUCUCCAUGUAAGAAGUAAUUCAAACGUCAAUGAUAAAAUUGUUUUGUUACAAUUAAAUGAUUUUAUUAAUAAAGCACCUUGUCUUCAUUCACUAAUUAUUAAUAAUUGGAAUCCAUCGGCUAUUCAAGAUUUACCAUUGCAUAUUAUCAGUAAUUCAAUUCGUCGACUUGAUUUACAGAGUGGACGUUAUCUAAAACAUGAUCGGUGCCUCAAUAGUGAACAGUGUGCAGCAUUUCUUCGUUCAUCACGGACCAAACAAUGCGAAAUUCUUGAAAUUGUUGUUAAUGAUCAAUCGAUGAUAGAUGAUCUAAUCAAUGGUGAAUUGAGCAAUUCGAGUUUUACUCGUUUUACUGCUUUGCUUGCCGAUAAACAUCCCUCAUUAUUAAAAUCUUUAACAAUUAGUAAUUGUAAUUUACCUAUGGAACAUAUAGAAUCAUUAUUAUCACAAACACUGGCACUUAUUUAUCUCAAAUUAGUAUCGCAUCAACGCACAUUCGACACUGUUUUUGAUGGCUACAAUUGGGAACAAUUCAUUCUUAAUAAGUUAUCUCAACUCAAUCAAUUUGAAUAUUUCUUUUCUUUUACUGACAAAACAAACGAAUAUAUGAAAGUUCUUAAUCAUCUUCUUGCUUCAUUUCAAACUCCAUUUUGGUUACAGAAGAAACGCUGGUUUACUACUUGUAGCUACGUAUUUGAAUCGCAAAUGUUCGAACUUCACACCACUACAAUUAAGACGCUUAUCAUAUUGAAUCUGCAGAAAAAUCAUAUUGGUGACAUCGGUGCACAACAUUUUCGUGAAGCAUUGCAAAUAAACAAAACGCUUGUGAAGUUCACUCUAAAGAACAAUCAAAGUAGUUUAUGUGCAAUGGUUCAAAUGGAACAUGAAAUAGCACAUGAAAUGAAAAGCACUAUAUUUGAUUGGACAGGUCAUCAAAUACGAAACGAACAAUUAGAAUACUUGAGUACUACGUUACAAACAAACUACACAACAAUCACAUUAAUCCUUGAUGGAAAUCAUAUUGGAGAUAAUGGCAUGAAAUAUCUCGCCAAUGGUUUACUAAAGAAUAAAACAUUGCAAGAAUUGAGUCUUCGAAAGAAUCGAAUUGGUGAUGAAGGAAUGAAAUAUAUCGCCGAUGUUUUGAAAGAAAACAUAACACUUACUACAUUAAUUCUUUCCAAUAAUCUUAUUGGUGAUGAUGGGGCAAAAUAUCUCGCUGAUGCAAUACAAAAUAAUACACAACUCACUACAUUAAAUUUGGACAACAAUCGAAUUGGUGAUGAUGGAGCACAACAUAUCGCUACUGCUCUGAACAUCAACACACAUUCUAUGAAAGAUGAAGCAGUUUCAUUUUUAGCUCAAUCAUUGAUGGAUAACAAGACAGUUGUCGAAUUGAAUCUUUCUUCAAAUCAGAUUGAAGAGAAUGGUGCUCAACAUCUGGCCAAUGCUUUACGAAAUAAUACAAUACUCUCUUUAUUGAAUUUGAACAUGAACUCGAUUGGAUACAAAGGUUUACAAUAUCUUGUUGAUUCUUUGAUUAUUAAUAAAACUCUAACUAUUCUGAAACUUCGAGAAAAUAAAAUCACAGAUGAAGGAACCUACUGUUUAAUAGACUUACUAUUUAACAAUAAUGUACGACAGUCUUUAUGA